UGGUGUGGUGGAAAAAAAGGCCGACUCUCGCGCGGAGACUGGCCGCUCGUUCGCGAUUCGAUUUUCCUCAGUUCUGUUCGGCGAACGUGGCGCGAUAGGUCGUUCAUCGCGCGCGCGCGGAUGCCUCGCUCGAUGCCUAUGCAAAUACCGCGACGUCGUUUUCCUGGAUAAACGCCGAUCGCCAUCCGCCCAGUCACACAGCCGAUCGCGAUCGGCUCCCUCGUCGCCGCCGUCGCCGCCGUCGCCGGCCGGAAGUUAUUAUACUUAUCGUGCGCACCUACAGCCGCAGCAUGAGAGCCCGAAUAGUUUUGUUAGGUGUUUUGCUCAUCUGCACGAGCAUUCGGUAUGCAGAUAGCAGAUCGAAGAAAACGACUCAGCUGUCGUUGCAGAGCAAGGAGACCAAUGUGGUAAAUUUUAUGCGGCUGCUGGUGAUGAGAUUGGUCUUCGGGGUAGCUUCAGCGAUGGGGCUGGGUGAAAAUCUCUCGGGUGUACUCGGCGGAAUUUUCGUGCCGCCCGGAGCCGAGGAGUACAAUGAGGAGUACGGAGAUGAUGAUUUGAUUGUACCUGAUAUUUUCUGAAGUAGAUAUCUUUCAGUCUGAUUGCGCGUUUCGACAGUGUUCGAUGGCAAUGAAUGCGUUUCAGAAAUUAUGUUGAAAUAAAAGAUAUGCUUUUAAAAUAAUUAUUUCAACAAAAUCGCUCCAAAUUAUGACAAUAUAUAAUAUUUCUUUACUAAUUCUGCGUCUGAAUUAACAAAAUUCAGAUAAUAUGUACUUUAAUGCAUUUGUUGUGAAAAACUAUUUUAUUUUCUGAUUAUAUUUUAUUGCUAUUACCUAUACUAAGACUCAUAUUGAAUGAUAAAUUUUAUAUACGAAGUAUAUAAAAAUAAAAAAAAAGGUAAAACAUAAAUAGUACACAUAUAUAGUAACUUAAUGAACUUUGUAUAAAAGAUAUGGACGAAAAAAUAUUGUUAAUGUUAUGAAAGUAGAACAAACAUUGUUUUGUUUUAAAUCCUACGUUAUGUAUUACAAUAAUAUCAAAUACUUUUUUUUUCAAAGAUUUAUGAAUUAGUGAACUCGUUUAUAAUGUGACAAUCCGGAUUAGCCGUGAAUGAUUCAGCCAUCUGAAUCUGUCGAUAUUGCGCGAGAGGCUUUUUAGGUGAUUUUGUGUACCGUUAUCCGUCGUAAUUUCGGUAGAGCUAAUGAAUGUGCACCGAUUACUGCGGGUAAAGAUAUGAGUAGAAAAUCGCUUAUUUCCGUUUUUUGUUUAUCUCGUAUCAAGUGAAUGUAACUUACUUGAUCAAUUCCAUUGGUUCUGGUCCAGUGAAAUUAAUAUCUGUUAAUCGCGAUCAAAGUCUUUAUAUAAAUAAUAAAUUUGAUCGUUAGCUUUCGAAAGUGUUGUAAAACCAGUUUCAGAUAUCUUGAUAAAAUCACAAUAUUGUUUUAGUUCAUUUCGCUGCUCGUACGUUAAAAUGGAUUGGAAUGUAGAACUAGAUUUACACCAUACUUUCGAAAUAAUCAGCUCAACCAUGUAGCAAAAAUAAAUAGAUUCGAAUGAUGAUUUCUAUAUAUAAUUAUUGUGAAAGUUUGUAAUUAAGAAAAACAUUCAUUUGUAUACCCAUAAAUGAGACGGAAAGCGCGACAUUUAUUAUUAUUAACAAAGAAUUGUAAUUUAUUUAUUUAUUUAUUUUAUUAUUAGAAAAUAAUUUUAGUUUAAAAUUACAUAUAAAUAUUUAGAUAUAAGAAAAACAAAGUCAUUCUGCGACAUAGAAUUUUACGCUAUUAUUUCAGUCCCAAUAAUUAAUCAAUUACGAUGUAUUAAAUGAUUUAAUAUGAUAAAAGGUUUGAUAUUAUUGAUUUUUCCAUUAAAAUUCAUAAAUUCUUUAGGAAGAAUCGAAAGUUUAAUGUUAAUUAUAAUUAAUACAAUGUUGCAUAGUUUUAAUAUCUUGUCUAUAUAACUAAUCGCGAGUAACAAAUGUAAAUUAUUUAUAUAUUUUUCUUUACAAGAUUAAAUACUGACAAUAAAAUUUUUUAUUCAUUCA